CACAUUUUGAAAAAAAUUCACACAAAAGAGUUGGAAAAAACAACAACGAUAUUUAAAAUGGAAAAAUCAAAUAUUAAUUUUGUAUUACUUGCAAACCACAUUUGUGUCUCCUCAAAAACACUCAAUUUCAAUUCAGAAAUCGAUGAGAUCCCAGUUGAAAGUGAGACAAAGAUGGUGUUUUGUGUAGGCAAUGCAUCCAGAAACGUCUUAAAAAUCCAAUUUACCAUGACAACACAAAUUGACAAAUUUACAAUAAGGGUAUCACCAGAAGUAGUCAUGUUAAAAAAGAAGUUUGCGUGCGAAUUUUCAAUAUAUUUGACACCAAAGUGCACAUGUCAAAUAAAUAACAAAAUUUGCAUUGUCUCAAAAAAUCUCAAAACUAACGUCGAAAAUACGAAUGAAAUUCUAAUGAUUGGAGUAACAAGUCAAUCAACUCGCAUAGACUACGACGAGUUGAUCGAAGAAUCUAAAUUAGGAGAAGGGUCUUUUGGUGUCGUUUACAAAGGAAAAUACAGAGGAAACGCAGUGGCUAUAAAGAAGAUGAAACAAAGUGGAGAAAACACCACUUUAAAUAACGAUAAAAAUGAUGAAGAAUUUGAAAAGGAAGUUGCGAUGUUAGACAAAUUUAGGUGUGAAUAUAUAGUCCACUUUUAUGGCGCAGUGUUAAUACCAAGUAAAAUGUGUUUAGUUACCGAAUUUGCGCAACAUGGGUGUUUGAGUAAUGUUAUGAAAAAGUUUAAAAAGUGUGAUAUACAACAAAAAAUGAAAAUUAAAAUGAUGAUUGACAUAACGUAUGGAAUAUCAUAUUUACAUAACAAUGGAAUUUUACACAGAGACAUCAAGCCUGACAAUGUCUUGGUAUUUUCAUUUGAUCACAACAACAAAGUGAACGCCAAAUUGACUGAUUUUGGAUCAAGUCGAAACAUUAAUAUGUUAAUGACCAAUAUGACAUUCACAAAGGGUGUUGGGUCUCCAAUAUACAUGGCACCUGAAAUAUUGAAAAGAGAAAAAUACAAAAAGAGUGCUGAUGUAUUUUCAUUAGCAAUAACAAUGUAUGAAUGUUUUACAUGGACUAACGCAUACCCCAAAGAAUAUUUCAAGUUUCCAUGGACAAUUGCGGAGUUUGUGAUUAAGGGGUUGCGAUUGCCAAAGCCAGAUGAAAUGAGUCAAGGUGUAUACAAUAUCAUUGUCGGGUGUUGGGACAAUGAACCAAAAAAGAGAAGUUUAACAGAAAAUAUUUUAGAUAAACUCGAAACAAUAUAUAAAUCUACUUAG